UUGCAAGGAAAAUCUUGGAAAUUGUUGAGAAAAACAAAUAACUCAUAAUUCAGCAAGGAAAAAAUAAUUUGAGCAAUCUUUUCCUUGUUUGUGAUGCUAGUUUCAUCCCAGAAUAUGUCCAAUAAUGGUUCGUAUUCAAAUGACAGAGAUGUGGAAAUUGCAGUUGAUGCAUCUUCCGGGGGUUUUUUCUUUUCUGAUUUCAAAAAGCAUGAUGAUCUCAAAGAAAUGCUUGACUCUAAUAAAGAUAGUCUGAAGCUGGAAGCAAUGAGGCGUAUCAUUGGGAUGGUUGCAAAAGGAAGAGAUGCCUCAAUUCUUUUUCCAGCAGUUGUCAAAAAUGUUGUCUCUAAAAAUAUUGAAGUGAAAAAGUUGGUAUAUGUUUAUUUAGAACGGUAUGCUGAAGAACAACAAGACUUGGCUUUAUUGUCCAUAGCAACUUUCCAAAGAGCACUUAAGGAACCUAAUCCUUUAAUAAGAGCAGGAGCUUUGAGAGUUCUUUCUAGUAUACGAGUGAAAAUGAUAGCACCCAUAGUAAUGCUAGCAAUCAGGGAUGCAUCGGCAGAUAUGUCUCCAUAUGUGAGGAAAACAGCAGCUCAUGCUAUUCCAAAACUAUAUAACCUGGAUAGUGAACUAAAAUUCGAAUUGGUGACGAUAAUUCAAAAACUUUUAGCAGACAAGACAGUCUUGGUUAUUGGUUCAGCAGUAAUGGCUUUCACGGAAGUGUGUCCAGAAAGGGUUGAUCUUAUUCAUCGUGUUUAUAGAAAACUUUGUGCAUUGAUUGUUGAUGUAGAUGAAUGGGGCCAAGUUGUGAUUGUGAACAUGCUGACCCUUUAUGCUAGAAUGCAAUUCGCAGAUCCAAAUUUAAAUAGAAAUAUAGAAGUUGCUCAAGAAGGAUCUUUUUAUGACUCUAGCUCAGAUUCAUCAGAAAAACCAGCUCCUACUUUAGAUCCAGAUCAUCGCUUGCUAUUACGAUCAACUAGGCCAUUAUUACAAUCAAGAAAUGCUGCUGUUGUUAUGGCUGUGGCCCAGUUAUAUUAUCACGCUGCUCCAAAAGGUGAAAUGCAGUUGGCAGUGAAAGCUUUAGUUAGACUUCUCAGGUCACAUGUUGAAGUUCAAAGCAUUGUUUUGAAUGCAAUCGUCUCCAUUAGUUUCAAAAAUAAGAGCCUAUUUGAGAGCUAUUUGAAGAGUUUUUUUGUACGUACUUCUGAUCCCACAAAUGUGAAACUGUUGAAACUGGAAAUUCUAACAAAUUUAACAUCUGAGUAUAAUGUUUCUGCUAUCCUGAGAGAACUUCAGACCUACAUUUCACAUAGCGAUAAACAAUUCGUAGCCGCCACCAUUCAAGCGAUUGGUCGAUGUGCCUGCUCAAUCUCUGUCGUUACUGAUUCGUGCCUUAAUGGUUUGGUGUCCUUGCUCUCAAAUAGAGAUGAAGCUGUAGUGGCUGAAAGUGUUAUAGUAAUUAAAAGAUUACUGCAGACACAAGCUGCUGAUUUACAAGAGAUUAUCACCCAUAUGGCUCGGCUCCUCGAUAGUAUCACUGUGGCUCAAGCUAGAGCUGCUAUUUUGUGGUUGUUGGGUGAGCAUUCACAGGAAGUUCCUAAAAUUGCUCCAGAUGUUCUUAGAAGAAUGGCUAAAACUUUUGCAGAUGAGCAUGAUAUUGUUAAAAUGCAAGUGAUGAAUCUGGCUAUAAAACUGUUCAUUACAAAUCCAGAACAAACUACAGUAUUAUGUCAGUACAUCUUCAAUAUGGCUCGAUAUGACCAGAAUUAUGAUAUUAGGGAUAAAGCUAGACUGCUCAAACAGUUUGUAACAAAUACCAAUAAUCGCUUUAUAUGUAAAGCUCCCAAAAUAUUUUUGUCUGUGAAACCAGCUCCUCUAUUACAUUCCACAUCGAUAGAACAAGCAGACUAUCAGCUUGGGUCUUUAUCUCAUUACAUAAGGCAGAGGGCAAAUGGUUACAAACAGUUCCCAGAUUUCCCAGAAGUCCCUCCUUCCGGAGAUGUGAGAAACGUUGAGCCUAUACCAAAGUCAGAAACACCAAGAACUCGUAAAGGAGAUAAAAAGGCGAAAGAAAAUUUGGCUUGGAAUUCUGAAGCAAGUUCCAGGGGAAAUUCUAGUUCUUCAGAGACAGAGUCAUCGUCAGAAGAAUCUAGUGAAGAAGAAAGUACUGAAGAAGAAUCUUCUGCAGAUGAAGAAGCUCAAGGGGAGGAAAGUAGUUCUUCUGAUGCAAAAUCUUCAUCCGAUAAUCAGUCCAGCCUGGAGGAAAGUGAUGAAGAGGGCCCUACAGUUACAAAAAAAACGUCACAGAUUGAUCGAAAGUUCAAUACAGGCGUAGUGAACAAGCCACAACCGAAAAUUGAGGACAGAUCUAAUUUGGAUUUGUUGUUAGAUUUGGAUGAUUUCAAUGUAACUCCAGUACUAACACCAUCACUGGGGGGUUUCUUAACGCCUAGUGCCCCUUUCAUGGAAGCCUCUUCCAUUCAAGCAGUUCAACCUACUUUUCUCAACACCAAACAAUAUGAACUUCUGAAUAGAUUGAAUGGCAGAGGUUUUUCUGCAACUUAUAGGUUUACGCGAAGUCCACACCUUUACUCUCCCAGUAUGGUCAAUAUCAAUAUUGUUUUUACAAAUAAUACACAAGAUAACAUCACGGAUAUCAGAAUAGGAAAGAAGAACUUGAAUGUUGGGAUGAGCAUAUACGACUUUGCUUCCAUACCUUGCAUACCGCCAAAUUGCAAUUUACCUGCAACUCUAGGAAUUGACUUCAACGAUUCUGCCCAGCCAGCUAAUUUUGAAAUAGUUUCAUCCUUAGGGAAUUUCAAUGUUACUGUUAGACCAUUCAUCGGGGAACUUCUAAGGCCUGUGACAAUGUCUCAGGAAAUAUUCCUUCAAGAACAGUCGAAAAUUAAAGGCAUGAAUGAACAUAAUGGUGUUAUUGAGAAUUGUGUACAAGAUGUUUCGAACACUAUGAGUGAAAUCUGCAAUAUGGGUGUAUGCAAAAGUGCAGAACCAGAUAAAUUCAGGUUUGCUGGACAAACAAUUACCUCUUCUAAUCUAUGUUUAGUGACUAUACAUAGAUCGACUAAAGCGACAAUUACAGUCAAUUGUGGUAAUGUGGUGUUUGGGUCCGUGUUACUGAAUGAGCUAAUUAAAAAAUUAGGUGCAUAAAAUAUUAUGUAAUGAUUAUGUUAUAUUUGAUUUUAUAUUCAACGUUGAACAUUUCCUACUCUUUCCUGAAUUAUGAAGUUUAUAUGAAAUACAUUCUUGACUAAAAA